GAUAUGGUCAAGUCCCCGAUUUUGUCCACGCUCGUCCUUGCGGCGUGCGUCGCGCUCGCCACGGCCCAGGGGUCUCCGGGCACCGCCACGUUCUACGGCGGAGCCGACGGCUCUGGCACCAUGGGUGGCGCGUGCGGGUACGGCAACCUCUACGACUCCGGGUACGGCGUGCUGAACGCGGCGCUGAGCGAGACGCUGUUCAGCGACGGCGCGUCGUGCGGGCAGUGCUACACCAUCUCGUGCGACGGGUCGCGCCCGGGCGGCGAGUACUGCAAGCCCGGCACGUCGAUCACGGUCUCGGCCACCAACCUGUGCCCGGCCAACUACGCGCUGCCCAACGGCGGGUGGUGCGGCCCGGGGCGCCCCCACUUCGACAUGGCGCAGCCGGCGUGGGAGCACAUCGGCGUCUACCAGGCCGGCAUCAUCCCCGUGGUGUACCAGCAGGUCAAGUGCUCGCGCGGCGGCGGCGUGCGCUUCAGCAUCGCCGGGUGCAACUACUUCCUGCUCAUCAACAUCCAGAACCUCGGCGGCAGCGGCUCCGUGGGCGCCGCGUGGAUCAAGGGCGACAGCACGGGGUGGAUCCAGAUGUCAAGGAACUGGGGAGCCAACUGGCAGGCCCUCGCCGGGCUCGUCGGCCAGGGGCUCAGCUUUGCCGUGACCAGCACCGGCGGGCAGUACAUCCAGUUCCUCAACGUCGUGCCGGCGUGGUGGCAGUUCGGCGAGACCUACACCACCAACAAGAACUACUACUACUAAAACGUGCAAGCAGCAGAGUGCUCGAUCCCCGUCAUCAUUAAUUUCUUGCGGUUCGGCCGAAUUGAGAGUGGAUCGUCGUGAUUUGGACGGAGUGGCUGGACUUGCCAUGGCUUCCUUGGCGACCGCCGGCUUGACCGCGGCAUCUCCCCUAUAUCAUGCACCGACUGCAGGAGAAAAUGGCAAGGGAAGUAGAGGUUUACAAUGGGCCACAUAUACCUUAAAUCCUACUACAUUUUUUUUCAAUGCUGUAGAUAU